AUGGAUUUUGAAUGGAAUGGAAUUUUGUGUCCCCACAAGCGAGCUCUCCUAGAGCAGAAGCAGAAGAAGAAGAGACAGGAGCCUCUGAUGGUGCAGUCCAACAUGGACGGGCGGUCUCGUGCCCGCAGGACCAAGCAGUGUGAGGAGCAGGCUCCCCUGGUAGAGUCUUACCUCAGCAGCAAUAGGAGCACCAUCUAUCACGUGCAAGAAGCUGAACAUGAGGAGGUGAAGGUGGUAGCGGACAACCAGGCUCCUCGCUCAGCCAAAAAGGGCAAGGCAUCGACCAGCUCCACCCCGCAGACAGGCAGCGGCAAGAAGGAGAGGAAGGGGAAGCACAAAGGACUCGAUGGGCCGGCGUCCUUCCAGGAAGAGGGCCAGAUCCAGAUCAUGACGGUGGGUCACUGGGCCGUGGAGGAGGGGAGUGAGGGAGAUGCUGUGAUCAGUGCUCAGCCACAGGGCAAGCAGGACCUGAGGGUCACCAUGCUUAAGAAAGGUAUUUCUAGUAGUAUGAACUUUGACGAAGAGGAGGAUGACGAAGAUGAAGUCAGUUCCAGUUCCUCUCAGCUCAACAGUAACACACGGCCAGGCUCUGCCACCAGCAAGAAGUCCUGCAAGGAGGCAGCCUCAGCGUCCACCCCUCCCGUCAGUGAGCCGGCCAUCGACGUGGACGACCUGGAAGAGUUCACCCUGAGACCAGCCCCUCAGGGGAUCACGGUGAAGUGCAGGAUCACCAGAGACAAGAAGGGCAUGGACCGAGGCAUGUACCCUACCUACUACCUCCACCUGGAGAGGGAGGAUGGGAAGAAGGUGUUCCUGUUAGCUGGAAGGAAGAGAAAGAAGAGCAAAACAUCUAAUUACCUCAUCUCCAUCGAUCCCACUGAUCUGUCUCGAGGGGGGGAGAGUUUCAUCGGGAAGCUGCGGUCCAACCUCAUGGGAACCAAGUUUACAGUGUAUGACAGUGGACAGAACCCUGGGAAGACAACCUCCAGCCUAGAGGCUACUAAUCUGCGGCAGGAGCUGGCAGCUGUCUGCUAUGAAACCAAUGUUUUAGGGUUCAAAGGACCUCGUAAAAUGAGUGUCAUCAUUCCUGGAAUGAACAUGGACCAUGAGAGAGUCGCCAUCUGCCCACGGAAUGACCAUGAGUCUUUACUGGCGCGGUGGCAGAACAAGAGCACAGAGAGCGUGAUCGAGCUUCACAACAAGACCCCCGUGUGGAACGACGACACUCAGUCCUACGUUCUCAACUUCCACGGCAGAGUCACUCAGGCCUCAGUCAAGAAUUUCCAGAUCAUCCACGACAAUGACCCGGACUACAUUGUGAUGCAGUUUGGGCGGGUUGCGGAGGAUGUAUUCACCAUGGACUAUAACUACCCUAUGUGUGCCCUCCAAGCCUUCGCCAUUGCUCUCUCCAGCUUUGACAGCAAGCUGGCCUGUGAGUAGCAGCCACCCUCAGUCCUUUCCCUCCUGAGAAGCUACCUGCUCCAAACUGAAGGCCUACUCAUGGGCCUCCAUUAAUCCAUCAGUCCCCUCACCAAGGGCUUCAGUUAAUCCCGGGUCAUCAUGGGGACCCAACACUGUCCAAGAAUCCCCCCUGGAAUUUGCUUAAGCCGAGGAUGGUGUGGAGGCACAAACUGUCUGCAAGUGUGUCUGUGAGUGUGUGUAUGUGUUCUGGUGCUCCUUAGGAACCCUUCCAGUCUCUAUUCUGGAUAAGGAUAUGUCAAUCAGUGGACAGGACAAGCACAAAGACUAAUCCACUCUUGCAUCUUAAGGCUCAUUUUAAUAGAUCAUGUUUUAAAUUAAAUAUGUAACAAUGAAUCCUGUUACUUUAUGUAUCCGUUGUGGAAUUCUAACAUUUAUUUACAGUGCCUUGCGAAAGUAUUCGGCCCCCUUGAACUUUGCGACCUUUUGACACAUUUCAGGCUUCAAACAUAAAGAUAUAAAACUGUAUUUUUUUGUGAAGAUUCAACAACAAGUGGGACACAAUCAUGAAGUGGAACGACAUUUAUUGGAUAUUUCAAACUUUUUUUAACAGAUCAAAAACUGAAAAAUUGGGCGUGCAAAAUUAUUCAGCCCCCUUAAGUUAAUACUUUGUAGCGCCACCUUUUGCUGCGAUUACAGCUGUAAGUCGCUUGGGGUAUGUCUCUAUCAGUUUUGCACAUCGAGAGACUGAAUUUUUUUCCCAUUCCUCCUUGCAAAACAGCUCGAGCUCAGUGAGUUUGGAUGGAGAGCAUUUGUGAACAGCAGUUUUCAGUUAUUUCCACAGAUUCUCGAUUGGAUUCAGGUCUGGACUUUGACUUGGCCAUUCUAACACCUGGAUAGGUUUAUUUUUGAACCAUUCCAUUGUAGAUUUUGCUUUAUGUUUUGGAUCAUUGUCUUGUUGGAAGACAAAUCUCCGUCCCAGUCUCAGGUCUUUUGCAGACUCCAUCAGGUUUUCUUCCAGAAUGGUCCUGUAUUUGGCUCCAUCCAUCUUCCCAUCAAUUUUAACCAUCUUCCCUGUCCCUGCUGAAGAAAAGCAGGCCCAAACCAUGAUGCUGCCACCACCAUGUUUGACAGUGGGGAUGGUGUGUUCAGGGUGAUGGGCUGUGUUGCUUUUACGCCAAACAUAACGUUUUGCAUUGUUGCCAAAAAGUUCCAUUUUGGUUUCAUCUGACCAGAGCACCUUCUUCCACAUGUUUGGUGUGUCUCCCAGGUAGCUUGUGGCAAACUUUAAACAACACUUUUUAUGGAUAUCUUUAAGAAAUGGCUUUCUUCUUGCCACUCUUCCAUAAAGGCCAGAUUUGUGCAAUAUACGACUGAUUGUUGUCCUAUGGACAGAGUGUCCCACCUCAGCUGUAGAUCUCUGCAGUUCAUCCAGAGUGAUCAUGGGCCUCUUGGCUGCAUCUCUGAUCAGUCUUGUCCUUGUAUGAGCUGAAAGUUUAGAGGGACAGCCAGGUCUUGGUAGAUUUGCAGUGGUCUGAUACUCCUUCCAUUUCAAUAUUAUCGCUUGCACAGUGCUCCUUGGGAUGUUUAAAGCUUGGGAAAUCUUUUUGUAUCCAAAUCCGGCUUUAAACUUCUUCACAACAGUAUCUCGGACCUGCCUGGUGUGUUCCUUGUUCUUCAUGAUGCUCUCUGCGCUUUUAACGGACCUCUGAGACUAUCACAGUGCAGGUGCAUUUAUACGGAAACUUGAUUACACACAGGUGGAUUGUAUUUAUCAUCAUUAGUCAUUUAGGUCAACAUUGGAUCAUUGAGAGAUCCUCACUGAACUUCUGGAGAAAGUUUGCGGCACUGAAAGUAAAGGGGCUGAAUAAUUUUGCACGCCCAAUUUUUC